UAUUUACCACGUGGGGACGUUUUGUGCAGAGGAAGCAAAACAUCCGCAGUGACGCUGGUCUGUCUGUGAGCAUGAAAAAUACUUUUUUGUUUAUUUUUAACGUUACAAAAACCUCCAGAAGAAGAAGCUGCGACGGUUCCGCCACCAGAGAGACUUUGUGUUGACCAUGCCCCACGACCCCGACCCUCCUCCGGCUAAGAGAUUCAAGCCGGGGUCCGUUUUCUUCCGUCUGGACAAGAAGAAACCUGGAAUGCUGCUGCCUAGAAAGGGAAAUGCAACCACUUCGAUAGAGAUCCAGAGGAAACAGCUUCCCAUCUACCAGGCGAAACCUCAGCUACUGAACCAACUGAGACAACUACACAAUGCUAUCCUCAUAGGGGAGACUGGCUCUGGGAAGACCACUCAGAUCCCACAGUAUCUGUAUGAGGCCGGCAUCGGACGGCAGGGCAUCAUUGCCAUCACUCAGCCCCGUCGAGUCGCUGCAAUCUCACUGGCUGGAAGGGUGGCAGAGGAGAAGAGGACUCAGCUUGGCAAACUGGUGGGUUACACAGUACGCUUUGAGGAUGUCACCUCCUCUGAGACAAAGCUGAAGUUCAUGACAGACGGCAUGCUUCUGCGCGAGGCCAUCGGAGACCCCCUGCUGCUGCGCUACACUGUGGUGGUCCUGGACGAAGCCCACGAGCGCACCGUGCACACCGACGUGCUGUUUGGCGUGGUGAAGACGGCUCAACGCAGGCGCAGGGAACUUAAUAAGAUUCCCCUGAAGGUCAUAGUGAUGUCGGCCACCAUGGAUGUUGAUUUGUUCUCUGAGUACUUCAACAAGUCACCAGUACUGUACCUGGAGGGCAGGCAACAUCCCAUCCAGAUCUACUACACCAAGCAGCCCCAGUCAGACUACCUGCAGGCAGCACUCGUCACCGUCUUCCAGAUCCAUCAGGAGGCCCCACCGUCCCACGAUAUCUUAGUCUUCAUGACGGGUCAGGAGGAGAUCGAGGCUCUGGCGAGGACGUGCCGGGACAUUUCCAAGCAUCUGCCCGACGGCUGCGGUCCCAUGGUAGUCAUCCCUCUGUACGCAUCGCUGCCCCCAGCACAGCAGCUCAGGGUCUUCCAGCCAGCUCCCAAGGGUUGCAGGAAGGUCAUCCUCUCUACCAACAUCGCCGAGACGUCGAUUACAAUCUCUGGGAUCAAAUUCGUCAUAGACACGGGGAUGGUGAAGGCCAAACGUUUCAAUCCUGACAGCGGGCUGGAGGUUCUGGCGGUGCAGCGGGUUUCCAAAGCCCAGGCGUGGCAGCGAGCGGGCCGGGCUGGCAGGGAGGACUCCGGCUGCUGCUACCGACUCUACACGGAGCCGGAGUUCGACAACCUCAUCCCCAUGACGGUGCCUGAGAUCCAGAGGUGUAACUUGUCCGGUGUGAUGCUGCAGCUCAUGGCUCUGGGGAUUCCAGAUGUGAUGAAUUUUGAUUUCAUGUCCAAGCCUUCUCCCGAGGCCGUCCGCUCUGCUUUGGAGCAUUUAGAGCUGCUGGGAGCCGUUGAGAGGAAGGAGGGGCAGGUCUUCCUCACCGCUCAGGGGAAGAAGAUGGCAAGCUUCCCUCUGGAGCCCAGAUAUGCCAAGACCAUCCUGCUGUCCCCCGACCACUCCUGUUCUGAGGAGGUAUUGAGCAUUGUGUCUCUGCUGUCGGUGGACACCGUGCUGUAUAACCCUCCCGCCCGGCGGGAAGAGGUGCUAGCCGCACGCAAGAAGUUCUCCUCCAGCGAAGGAGACCACAUGACGCUGCUCAACAUUUACAGAGCGUUCAAGAAAGUCAGUGGUAAUAAGGAAUGGUGUCGGGAGAACUUUGUCAACAGCAGGAACAUGGGUCUGGUGAAAGACGUCCAGGCGCAACUCAAAGAUAUCUGCCUUAAGCUCAAUUUGAAGAUGGAGUCUUGUGGGGCGGAAACGGGGAACGUCCGCCGCUGCCUCGCCCACGGCAUGUUCGUCAACGCCGCGGAGCUCCAACCCGACGGCAGCUACUUGGCUCUGGACACCCACCAGCCCGUGGCCAUCCACCCGUCCUCCGUCCUGUUCCAGGCCAAGCCAGCGUACGUGGUCUUCAAUGAGCUGCUGCACACCUCUCGCUGCUACAUGAGAGACCUGUGUCUGGUGGACGCCGACUGGCUGCUGGACGCGGCGCCAGAGUACUUUGGCCGCAAACUCCACCCCAGCAAGAGCUAACCUACGGAGAAACAGGACUGAAGUAAAUCCCUGCAAGGACACCUUCCCUUCCUCAGAUAAACCCAGUGACAAUAAAGCUGGCAAAUCAGAACAGAAUGUUUUCUGUGUACUGGAUUUCACUACCUCCCAGUUGACAAGCAUUUGGCAUGUGUCACUGCAGCAGAAAUCUGCAUUUUGAGGCCUCACAACUUUGACUUCCUGUAAGACUGUAUUUCAGAUUUUAUAAACUGAGUUUCUUCUGCCUGGAAGUAUCUCAUCUUGCCAUUUGGCUACCUGGAAAAAGAGGUAUUUUUGAGAUGUCAUGCAUCAAUUCUUUCAACAUUUGCAUGCGUUUUAACAGCACAUCAUUAAGAUGAUGUAUCUGUUCAUUCCUUCUUAAAACUCAAAUCAGACUCAAUAGAAUGCUACUCUCCGUAUGUUCAUCUAGGGCUGCACAAUUAAUCGAAUAUUAAUCACGAUUUUGGCUUCCCACAAUUAAAUGAACACGAUCGACUGCAAUAUUGACAUUUAAAAUGCUCCGCUCGUAGAAAACUCUGCUGCAUAUUAGCCACCGCUACAUGAUAUUUCUAUGUCGCCUGUGUGGAAGUUCUUCAGCGUGAGUGAAGAAGACAUAAAGCUGCAAUUUGUCACAACUGCAGGCCCAAAAUAAGCUGUGGAGGAACAACCUUAAAAACAUCUGGAACAACUAACUUAAUCAGAAACGUAUUAUAUAGUAAUUCAUUCCCAUGACGCUGCUCAGAGAGAUCAUGGCGACCGGCUUGCCUGCUGACAGCACGGAGCUAGAGAGCUAACGUUAAUAGUGGUUCCAUUGAGUUACAUUAUGAUGCGUUCAAGCUCUGCUCAGUAUGAGUAAAAUGUAGUUUUUGGUGAGAAACUUGAAUAAAUCCAGUUGGUUGAAGGAGGUGUUUUCACGACAAUAUAAAAUAGAUAUUAGAGUGAGAAAUCUGACCUGUUAACUUCCUAACACUAGCUCUAAGCAGCUUAUAAUAUAUAAUUAUAUUAAUCAAAGCAAAUAUUUGAAUAGAAAUACAAUCACUUAUUUCCUAAUCAUUUGAAUUGUGUGUGUUUUAUGCAAAUAACCACUAUAGAUAACAAUAACAAGGUAAAAGGAUAACAUUUCGAGUUUUUGACGGUUUACACUGACUUAGGGUGGUAAACCCUACAGCGUCAGCCUGUGAAAUACUUUCCUGAUAAUGUUGCAGCUGUAAUCCAGAGUAGGAGAAUAAUACACAACAGAGAGCAGACGGGCAAAAGAAAAAUACACUCAGGUGAAAAGGAACCUAAUUUUAAGUCUAAAUUAGCAGGAAUGUAACUCAACAUGGAAGUGAAGAAAUAUUUUGUCCCUAAAAUGAAUGAAUAAUCGUGAUAAGUAAUGGUAAUCUCAGUAUUGAUCAAAAUAAUCGUGAUUAGUAUUUUGUCCUUAAUGGUGCAGCCCUACGUUCAUCUCACUAAACGUACUUAGUUGUUAAGCCACCCACCCAAAAAGACUGGCGGUUCUUUUCAGUAUCAUUUUGAAUAAUAAUGAGGAGUCUUUGAUAUGGCUUCUCAGAAGCUCAGUAAAGCGGUCUUGUCUUAAGCUUUCCCACCGUGUAGUAUUGGGUUUAUACAAAGUGUUCUUAAAGGGUUUUAUAUAUGCAAGGACGGUAGAUUUGCCUAAUCUAUUAUGUAAAUACAAGAAAAAUAUGAAAGCGUUAGAAUAUGAGGUUUUUACAUGUCACAGUGACAUGGCUUCACUUUUAUAAUUACUCUACAUGCAGCACUGGUCUUGUCAGCUUGUGCAUGCCUUUUUUUCCACAUCUAUGAUUGUAUCACCAGUUCCAUUAAAACACACAUCAGGAGAAGUAGCAUGCCUUAUUCUCCUACAGGUUCUGCUGUAUGUCACUCUACAGCCCCUUCACAGACCAACAUACAGACGUAUGCUGACAACAUAUGGAUGCAAUGCAUGGAGAUUCUAGCUGACGAUCUGGUCCCUCAGGUCUUUCCUACUUUGUAGAAUGUAAAUCACACCGUGUUUAGGAAAUAGGAUGGAUGCUCCUCUUGUCUGUUUUUUACACUGGACUCAGGAUUGUACAAUAUAUACUUUAACCUGAAUAGAUUAUAUAAACUGUUUCUAACUCUUAAAAAUACCAAAUGCAUCUUCAUCAGAGUAUGUUACAAAGAGGUUGAGUGUUCAGUGUUUGACUUACUGCUCAUGUAGUUUAUGAGACUCUUUUUCAGUCAUGCACAAGAUCUGCAUGUUAUGAAGUUUGUAAGAUUAAAUGCACGCCUUUGAUUAUUUUAUUUUGAGUAUAUUUAAUAUGCUUUGUCAAAUUCUUACAUAAUCACUAUUGAUAUCAUUUCUAAUAAAAAUCCAGUCACUGUC